CGAACGAGACCCGGAAGUGGAUGGACUGCCUCGGUUUGUCACUAGUGGCAGUCGGACUUUGGCUACUCAUGCGCUCAUGUGGAGUAAAGAUGACUCACGCCGUGCAUCUCUCAUCUUUAGUUAACGCAUCACACGGUUUCUAAUUAAUCCCGGAUAAUCGGAAUAAAGAGAGUGAGCGUGCGAGGAGAAUGCAGCAGUUCAGUGUCGCACCAGCUGUCCUUCUCCUGCUCUGUGGCACGUUUCUGUCCAGGGCGCGACUGGAGGAGCUCGAACCCGAGACCCCGGACUGGAGGAAGACCUUAAAAACCAUCCGCAAUGGAAUUCACAAGAUAGACACCUUCCUGAACUAUGCUUUGGAUUUAAUAGGGGGAUCUGAUGGACUGUGUCAGUUUAAAUGCUCUGAUGGAUACAAACCCAUUCCCAGACCUCAUUACAAGCACGCGCCGCCCAACGGAUGUGGUUCUCCCCUGUUUGGAUUUCAUUUCGAUAUCGGGAUUCCGUCUAUGACUAAAUGCUGUAAUCAGCAUGACCGCUGCUAUGAUACGUGUGGAGAAGAGAAACAUGACUGUGAUGAUCGGUUCCACGCCUGCUUGGAGACCAUAUGCAGGAAUGUACAGAUCACACUGGGAAUGGACCAGAGUGUACAAGCGUGUGAAUCGGCAGUGACUCUGCUCUUCGAUGCUGUCAUGCACCUGGGCUGUAAACCCUACCUGGACAGCCAGAGAGCUGCAUGUAUCUGCCGUUACGAGGAGAAAACUGACCUGUGAUCAGCCCUGUUUAGGUCCAAAAAUCCUGAUGCCAUUGAGGAGAGUAUGAAGAGUCAAGACUGCCCUGGAAGUGUGUGAAGUUUAACAUUUGCCUGAUUUUAAAGGUGCUGUUCUUCAUGUUUAAGAGUGUUUAUAAAUCUUAAAUAAUCAAAUCAUAUAAACGGUCCUUUGGAAAAAAAAAUUGGUUUUAAUAGUGUGGGUCCGAAGAGACAAAAGAGAACAUUGUUUGGUUUAAGUGUAUAAAAGUUGCACUUCUCCUUACAGACAGCAGAGGGUGCUUAAACUUACUGAUUCACUUAACAUGUGAAUCAAAUGUCUGGGAGGAAAAAAAAUCACUGUGGGAAUCUGAUUUAAAAAAAUCUGAACACAGUUAUAGUUUCUGAGAAAAUGAGGCUUCAUCCCAAACCCUGACUAAUCCUCAUUAGAGUUUUUAUGAAAACAUUAGGCACUGGAUUUUUCUUUAAGUCUGUCAUUUUUUUAAAUAACCAAAUCAUCCCACAUUAGAGCAGCUUUUAAAAUUAGAAAGUCUCACCUUUUUUCUUUUUUUAAACGAGACCUUGAUGUGUCUCAGGGAGGACAGAAAGACUUCUGCACUUCUUUUGUGUUGUGUUUGUUCUGUGCAUUAUGGAGUUGAUAUGAAAUGUUUUAUACAUAAACAGAGUGAAAUCUCAGAAUGUGUAACUUGAAAUCUGUAUUUUUUUUCCCUCCUCUAAUGGAAUGUUUGUCAUCAUUUGCACAUUUCAUUUGUACCUUAAUCUUCUGGUUACUAUCCUCCCGUAUUCUCUUUAAAGUAAAUCGCUUAGCCCCACCCCUCUUCUUUUUACAGAUUUGCAUUUAGUCCUGCAUCCUGUUCUCUCUAAUGUUGGAAAAAAUUGACAUUAUCUCUUAAAUGUUGGACUCUUAGUCCCGCCCCUAAAACAUUUUACUCAAAACUUUCCAGUGCAAUGACAUAAAUAUUGUGAAUUAUUGUUAUUUAUUCACAUAUUAAAUUGAUCGGUAUUUAAGGGUGUCUU